GGGGGCUUACUUGAUGCGACUAUGAAGUGAAAAAAGUGCAGACAUGGCCAAAUGUCAGGAUGGAGGAAACAUCUCUGCUGCGGCUGCUUUUUCUGAUCUCACUGCUGAACUGCCCAACAAACCAAGCCUCUCUGACUGUGAGUCCCAGCAGCUCUCAGAUAUUUGAAGGACAGUCUGUCUCUCCUAGCUGUGAGGAGGACGACAGCUCUGCUGGAUGGACUCUGAGGAGGAACACAACCAGAGAAACCAGGACUCAGUGUGGACCUGACUGGGGAAGACGUGACAGUUCUUCCUGUAACAUCAACUACAUGGACCCAGCGGAGAGUGGAGUUUACUGGUGUGAGUCCAGAGAGGGAGCAACCAGUAACAGCAUCAACAUCACUGUCACUGUUCUGAUGUCACUGCUGAGCUGCCCAACAGACCAAGCCUUUCUGACUGUGAGUCCCAGCAGAUCUCAGAUGUUUGAAGGACAGUCUGUCUCUCUGAGCUGUGAGGAGGACGACAGCUCUGCUGGAUGGACUCUGAGGAGGAACACAACCAGAGAAAGAAGGACUCAGGGUGGAGUUGACUGGGGGACAACUGCUGGUUCUUCCUGUAUCAUCAGCUACGUGGCCCCAUGGUACAGUGGCAUGUACUGGUGUGAGUCCAGAGAGGGAGCAACCAGUAACAUCAUCACCAUCACUGUCACUGGUGGACCAGUGAUCCUGCAGAGUCCUGUCCUCCCUGUGAUGGAGGGAGAAGACCUCACUCUGACCUGUACAACAAAGAGGUCCUCCAACCUCCCAGCUGGUUUCUAUAAAGAUGGUUCCUUCAUCAGGACUGAGUCUGCAGGUCACAUGACCAUCCACCAUGUUUCCAGGUCUGAUGAAGGCCUCUACAAGUGUCUCAUCAGCAGUGUUGGAGAGUCUCCACCCAGCUGGGUCAAGGUUACCUUUGAUUUCAGUCCACCACCUCCAAGCUCUCUGCCACCUUCUGACACAACCUCAGACCCCCUCCACCUUGUGAUCAGACUGGUCGUCCACCUGGUGGUGUUCUGUCCAUACUGCAUCUCCACUUUCAUCAUGGUGUCUUUAUAUCGAGACAGGGCAGCAGGAAAAGACCUGCCUGUCUCUGUGUUGAUGACCCCACCCACCCAAGCUGAGGAGGGAUUGGAUGAAGACUAAGAUGAUGUCAUCACUGCUGUCACCACGGAGCAUCACUUUUGAACUGAUCUGAAAAGAAGCUGAAAUGUUUCAAGUCCUCAAAUCAGAAACAGAAAGCUUCCCUGUGGAUCUCCACAUGUUCUACUCUGACCUGUAGAUGGAGGAUGUUAACCUAAGCCCAGUUCAGUCCAAAGAUUUGCGAUGGAAACAAGUUUUGAAACCUGUUAGUUUACACCAAUGAGAUGAGAAAGUGUAUCCUUUGCAUUGAGAUGACUGAAGAGCUCGUUGAGCCUCCGUAUAAAGUUCUGCCAUUUCCAACAGCUGACAGUUUGAAACAUAGUAAAUAAAAUGGAUCAUUUCAUUUCUGUAGUUUGCAGCUGAUUUGACUGUUCCAAAACCAGCCUCUGAAAACAUAACCAGCUGAGUCGCAGAGACACCAUCAGCUGGUUUUAGUCGAGCUGAAAUGGUUCACUUCAGAAGUAAAGGGUUCUUCUCGUUGCAAACUUUGCUCUGAACUGGACUUUAGCA